CUUGCAAUUGCGAGUUCAGAUUUAGAGCCUGAGAGGACGCGGACAUGAGCGUGGGUAUGUGCGGUAGAGUUGCUGUCCUGCCCGGUGCCGUCGCUGUCCUGCGCGGGAACGGUGUCCGACAGGCCUCUGUACGCCCGAUCGGGCGCCUCAUCGUGAAGGCGCACGGCUGGAGAUUACUCGCGACAUUGUCACAAACGGCAUGGCCCUGACGACCCCGGCCGCUCAGGCCCUAAUAGCUCGUCUGCGCCCGAGGACCAUGCUCGAUCCUCUCUCCACGCCAGUUUGACCCGCUCACCAUGCGCGCGCUCGUUCGACUUGUGACGGCUCUGGCCUGCUCCACCGCUGUCGCCGCCGCCCAAUGCUACUUCCCCAACGGCAACGCUGUCGACUCGGACACGGCCUGCAACCCAAAUGCCCUCGUUUCUGCGUGCUGCUACGACAACCAGGCGUGCUUGUCGAACGGAUUGUGUGUGUCCGACCCUCACGACCCUGUCAAAGCGCGUCUGCACCGGGGCACAUGUACGGAUGAAAAUUGGAAGUCGGGGAACUGUCCGCGCCAGUGUCUAGACAUCGACAACAACGGCGUGCCCGUGUACAGCUGCAACUCCACCACCACCGACUCGUACUGCUGCUACGAUGGCUGCGACUGCAGCGCCGGCUCCGCGUCCGAGGUCUUCACCUUCGCCCAGUCCCCCGCCGACGUCUACACCCUGACCAUCAUCGGCGAAUCCUUCACCCAGACCCGCACCUCCACCGCCUCGUCCUCCACGAGCACCACCAGCGCGUCAUCAGGCGCCUCGUCCGCACCCUCCAGCGCCCCAGCCUCCGCCAGCGCAUCCCCCUCGACAUCAUCCCCCGCCACCGCCGCCACAACAACCACCACCCCCGCCCCCCUCGAACCCGCCGCCAGCAAACCCAACACCACCGCCCUGGGCGUCGGUCUCGGCGUCGGCAUCCCCGCCGCCGCCGCCCUCGCCGCGGGCAUCUUCUUCCUGCUGCGCCGCCGCCGCAACCGCAACCCUUACGCGCCGCCGUCCGAGCUCGCCGCCGACGAAUACGCACUCGACCCGGCGCCCAGCACGAAGUACGGUCACAUGGCGGAGGCGGAGGUGCCGCCCGAGUCGCCGCCGGCGAUGCACGAGCUGGGCGGGCAGAUGAAUGAGAAGCCGGUUGAGUUGCCGGCGCCGGUGCCCGAGCCCGUGGAGUUGGAGUCGCCGCGGAGUCCGGGGGGGAGGGGGCGCGUGGGUUGAGCGGGGGGUGUGAUGUGCGCUGGAGGCGUGCGUGGAAUGGACAGAGAUGCAGGCAGAUGCAGACGCGGAUGCGGAUGCGUCCCAGUGGCGCGAGGUCUUGCGCUGGACGAUAGCGGAGAGAGCUGCACGGCUGCAGAAUCCAGAUACCCACCUUGCAAUAGGAUACCCACCUAGACCCAGACAGAUAAUUCAAUACCUACCAAUCCCAUCCAGACCACUCACC